AUGGAUUCUUAGCUAACUUAAGACACACUCUUGAUGCUGGCAAAUAGAUUCAAGAUGGAACAUUCAGAAAAGCUGAUCACAUUCACAGAGCCUAACCUCAAGUUCUUGCUCCUCAAUACUUUAGAGGAGUUGAUGAUCUGGUUCAAACCUAAAGAUACUAAAAAGAGUCCAGUAAAACCCGAUCCUUAACCAACACCACCAACACCUACACCAACUGCUGAUCCUAAUGCUGCUGAGAAAGAAAUGCUUAAGGAAAUUUAUGGCAGCAAAGCUUUUGAUAGCGCCUUCAACUCCAAGCCAAGACCCAGUAAUGAAGAAUUCUAUGCCAAGCAAUAAGAAAGUAAUGCUUAACUUUUCAAGAUUGCUGCUGAUAGAAUCAAGAACAACGAUUACUACUAGUGA